GUAAAAACGACAUGCACGAAUAGUCGGCUUUCAAGAGCGCGCAUAGUAUAUAUAUAUUUCUUUAUAUAUAUAUAUAUAUGUUUCUUUUCAUUUGAUUGCUUGUAUAUAUAUAUUUCUUUAUAUAUAUAUAUGUUUCUUUUCAUUUGUUGCAUUUCAUAUGUUGCUUUUCUACUAGAUUAUAUUAAGAGGAACUAUAGAGGAAGACUGAUAAUAUUUAUAUUAUUAUUUGAUACAAUCGAAUGCAUACGUGUCAGUUCAACGUCAUUGGUUUUCAUAAAAAAAAAUCGUUAGAAUCACUAUUUAUAGCUGAGCCGCCAAGGAUUGCGUGGAAACUGAUUGAAUGCAAGUAUUUACAAAAACAAAAUUAUUAUGUCAAAAACAGUAUUAUGUGUUUUAUUGAAAGUGUUAUUGUUAGCGAGAAUAGAUACUUUGUCAAAUGGUCGAAAUUCAGACUUACAGAAUAUUCCAGUAUCCGAGAGCAACGAUUUUCACAUUUUACAAAAUCUCGAAUAUGACUGGGGUCAUUCUGAUAGUGUGAGUGUGAGAAACAAAGUUGACAAAAUUCCAUUUGCAAAUAUGUCUGUGAUCCUAGAAUCUACUGGGUGCCAACAAUGCAAAAAAGAUAACGAGCAAGUUUUCCCUCCGAUAAUGACCGAUAUCGAAUUAGCGAUUCUACAUGAAAUACCUGACGGUAACAUUCAAUUCAGUACCUUUUACAAUCCUAUGUUGCAAUGUAAUUCGGAUGAAUAUAUAUUGACUGAAAUCAAACGUGAAGAAAUCAGCCUAGAGAAACUUUUAGGCAGCGGCGCAUUCGGAAAGGUGUUUCAAGGAACAGUAAAGAAUUUAAAAAGACCGGGAAUAGAGACACCCGUUGCCAUAAAAAUGCUUCGAGAAAAUGCUUCCUCGCAAGAAAAAAAGAAGUUUUUAGAAGAGGCUAGGCUUAUGAAUCGCUUCCGACACAAACAUGUGCUAAGAUUGUUGGCCGUCUGCUUAGACAAAAAUUCUCCAUUAAUUGUGUUGGAAUUAAUGGAGAUUGGUGAUCUGUUACAAUAUUUGAGAGAUAAUAGAAAAUUGCAACCGUCAGAUGCGCAUGCUCUGCGUCUGCAAGAUUUAUUCGCCAUGUGCGAAGAUGUUGCGCGAGGCUGUUGUUAUCUGGAAAAUCUGCGUUUCGUUCAUAGAGAUCUCGCGUGUCGAAAUUGCUUAGUAUCCGCGAGAGAUCGCGAGAACCGUGUCAUUAAAAUUGGCGACUUUGGACUAGAUAGAAAUGUUUACAAAGAUGACUAUUAGUGAAAGGACAAGGUCUUCUUCCUGUUUGCUGGAUGGCACCGGAAUCUUUGGUGCUCGGAAUAUUUACUUCCCAGAGCGACGUUUGGUCAUUCGAGAUUCUAAUGUAGGAAAUUACAUCGUUGGGUGAGCAUCCCUAUACUGGCAAGAUUAAUCAGGAAGUGAUAGAUUAUGUCCGCGCUGGAGGCAGGUUGCCGAUGCCUCUCAAUUGUCCACCGACUUUGUACGAGUUGAUGCUACGUUGUUGGAGUCCAACGAAUGAUAGACCAAAUUUCAAACUUUGUCUCGAAAAUAUUAUAGCUCUAAGAAAUAACAUAGAAGAUGCCUUAUUGAGUCCAAUGGAUAUUAUGUAGCUAAUAAAAUUAAAUUAAUUAAUGACGUUACUUUCCAAAUGAUCAAAUAAAAUGCUCAAACGUAGAAAAAAUAAUUUUAAAUAACUAAUAUUCUGCCGUUUUCAAGUUUUAUCUUAAUAUUAGAUUAGUAGAUAAAGAUAAGAAAGACAUUCCUCAAUCUUACUUUGCGAAAAAUUUUGCUGAUCACAA